AUGGCUGGUGGAAAGCAGGAGCUUAAGAGAAGUAUAACCAUUAUACCCUGUUUUGUGUUUGUGGAGCUGGGAAUCAUGGCUGGCACAGUGGUGCUGGCUUACCACUUUGAGUAUUCGGACACUUUUCCGGUGCACUUUCAAGGAUUCUUCUGCUAUGACAAUACUUUGGCCAAACCCUAUCCUGGGCCAGAGGACAGUAGCCGAGCACCUCCAGUCCUGGUCUACUCUCUUGUUACUGCUGUUCCCACCAUCAUGAUACUUGUUGGAGAACUGGCUGCCUUUUUCUUCCAACCCACAAGGCAUAAAGAGAAAACCAUCAUCUCGGGCGAGUGCUGUUAUUUCAAUCCUCUUCUGCGCCGCAUGAUCCGCUUCCUGGGUGUUUAUUCCUUUGGCCUCUUCACUACCACCAUCUUUGCCAAUGCAGGCCAAGUGGUGACCGGCAACCAGACUCCACAUUUCCUGUCAGUGUGCCAACCAAACUACACUGUGCUGGGCUGCCAACCACCCCCAGGCACCAUUUACGUCACAGACAAGGCAGCCUGCACUGGAAAUCCUCUCCUGGUCACUGCAGCCUGCAAGGCGUUCCCCUCCAAGGAUGCUGCCCUCAGCGCCUAUGCGGUGGCGUACACUGUGAUGUAUGUCACACUGGUUUUUCAGCUGAAGGGCUCCCGCUUGGCCAAGCCAUCCCUGUGCCUGGCACUCCUCGGCCCAGCAUUCUUGGUGGGUGUGGUGCGUGUAGCCGAGUACCGGAACCAUUGGUCUGAUGUACUGGCUGGGUUCCUCACCGGCGGGGCCAUUGCCAUCUUUCUGGUGACAUGUGUGGUCAACAAUUUCCAAAGCCCUGUAUCCUCAGCCAAGAAAGUUUCUCCACCUGAAAAUCUACCCACUGUCCCAGUCUUGGGAUUACCCUGUGUUGACAGUUCCCUUGACAAAUUAAGUGUGGCUCAGCAGGUGAGGGACACCCCAGAAGAACCGGAGUUUUCUACACUACUCUCAAGAGGUCUGGAAAGGCAGCUAGCACGAUCUCUACACUUGGCAGCACCUGGCAGUGCAGCAAUGACCCGUCCUUAUGAAAUCACGGAGCUGUGUUCACAGAGGCCACUUGAUUCUCAACUUUGUCUCUUCCCCUCCACCCCAGAUGUCCUCAUUCCCUCCCGGUUGGUCACAAGUGAAGUCUGACCUAAGAAAGCAUUCUUGAUAUGGAGCUAGAUCUUGGGGGGUGGGCUCUAACCUCAUACUCUCCAUUUCCCAACCUAUUUCUUGGACUUUCCUGGAAUCAGGUUUGUUAGUUGUCAUAACAUAGUUCUGGUUCUAUGAUGUGAGUGUACAGCAUAGAUUGGGGAGGGAAAAUAAGGGUGAAAAUAAAACCCCAUUACUUUUUCAGUUGGUCUGAUGCCAUUCACCAUGUUACCAACUGAACAUCAUUGCUAGGAAUGAGCUCUUGGGAUUUUGAUCACAGCCUGCUUUGCCAAGGUUCUUUUAGGAAUCCUUGUCAUCUGAUAAGGCAUUAUUUCCUUUACUGUUGAUUCCUCAAGAAAAAGGUUAGGUGCCAUUUCCA